AUGAACGAUACACCUCAAACUCUCGAUGACGUUGCUUCAACACCAAAAUUAGUCUCUUUACAGUUUUUAUCUUCAUCAUCAACUUCGUUAAGAUCAAAUCGUACAAAUCUAAAACGUCGUCACAACUUAUCGAAAAGUCAAGUGUUAAAUAAUGAUGAAAUUGAUACAGAAAGUCAAGAAAACAAAAAUAUUCACAACACCAAUAAGAAAUCGUUUGUAACAAAUCCAACAACGCCUAUUUUUUGCGAUGUUUAUAAUCAAUCAUCUAGCCCAACGUCACCAUCACCGAUUUUGUCUAAUCGUACCUGUAAUCAAGUGUGGGAACGUCUUGGAUCGUCUGAGGACAUAUCAAUAAAUCAACCUAUAUCGACAAUUUUAUCAUCCAAUUCGCAUCUCGAUGAAGUUGAAAUAACGGAUAAUGACUAUGUACCAAUUAAUCGAGCAUCAAAUCAGAAUCGUUUUCAAUUUGCGACAUUUUCUUACAAGCAGUUGGACGAAAAAACUUUCUCAAAUUCCAAUUCAGUUUCAUUACUACAGCAAGCAUUCACAACAAACAAACUUAGUCAUUCUCCAGAUAAACCGUUUGAAGAAUUUGCUAGUGAAAAUUUUGAUUCAGUAUUCCAUACACAAAAUUCUAAUAUAAUACCGCAUUCUAGUUCAACUAGAAAUCAAGAAACAUUUAAUUUAGACAAUGAAUCAACAUUUACCAAGGUUGAGCAAGAGAUGCUAUUAACAAACCGUGAGGAAGAAAUUAUAUCAAAACAACAACAAAAUAAAGACAGAGACAAACAGUUGCUACCUGACGACAACGUCGAUGGUGUUAAAUCAACGACUGUUGAUAAGAAAGCAUCGAAAUCAGAACUCGUUCAGAAUAAAACUGCUCGACGUUCUACAAGAAAUAAGUCUAAGCAACCAAUCGUUUCUCCUCCUGAGAACGAUGAGAUUCUAAAAAAUGAAUCAAACGUCAAUAAUGAGAAAAGUGAAUCAGAAGAAACAUUGAAAACCAAACCAAGAAAAAAACGCAAACGGUCGCCAUUGAAUGAAACAACAGCAUCUCAUACAGAGCAAGCAGUUGGUAAUAAUAAAAAAAAGCGAACAAAAACCGUCGAUCAAAAUUCAAAUUUUCAAAGAUUAAAUAUGAAGAAAAAGCGCUUUUCUCGUGCGAAACAACAUCAAUUUUCCAAAUUUAAGCGAAAUGCAUUUCGUCGUCGUAUGCGUAACGUUUGUUUCGUUUGUAAACAAGAUGGACAUUGGGCAAAUGAUUGUCCGCAUCAAGCAGCAAGAACUAAUAUGAUGAAUAAUGAAAAUCCAUCGACAAAUAAUACCGGACAAAAAGCGAUUAUUGAUGAACUGGAUGAUCCAUGUAUAAUUGAUGCUGGUCAUCGACCAAAAUUUGUUUCAUCCUACUGGUCUAUAGAUGAAAAAGCUGAUCAAAGAUUGCUAGAUGAAACAUUAAAAUUAUUUGGUCAUGACAAUUUUCGUCCACAACAGUUAGAGGCUAUUGUGAAUAUUUUACGUGGACAAUCUACAAUAGUCGUUUUGCCAACAGGUUUCGGAAAAACAUUGAUUUAUCAGUUACCAGCGUAUCUCUACGCAAAACGUUCAAAUUCAAUCACACUUGUCAUCUCACCACUUGUCUCAUUGAUGGAAGAUCAAUUAAUCAACACAGCAAAUUGUUUGUCUGCAGCCAGUAUUCAUUCACUAAUGCAACCAAAUGAAAUUGAUCGUGUUCUUGAUCGUAUUGUACAUGGUACUGUUCAUUUACUUUUAAUUUCUCCUGAAAUGAUAACACGGAGCAAUCGUUUAUUAAAUGCUGGUAUACCACCAAUAGCAUUUUGUUGUAUUGAUGAAGUCCAUUGCAUAUCACAUUGGUCACACAACUUCCGUCCAUCUUAUUUACAGGUUUGUCGUGUUCUUCGCGAACGUUAUUCUGUUCAAUGCUUUCUUGGUCUUACAGCAACAGCUACAACAACUACAUUAACUGAUAUCGCUAGAUACCUUAAUAUUGAACAGUCAUGUGAAACAAGUAUUAUUCGUGGUAAUGUUGUUCGUGAUAACUUGAUGCUGACAGUAUCACGUGACACUAAUAAAGAUGGUGC